UAGUGUGCUAAUGAGGCUACAAUGCGUUGAGCAUCUUUUCUUUAGGGAGGUCAGCAACAGCACUGUUUGCUUCCUCAGCUGUUCAACCUGACGUUUUUAGAGGUCUCUCUCCUGGGUUGCGUGCGGUUUCCUCUAAAUUCCCCUGUUUCCUGUUUUCAGGUUCUUGAGCGUGAGAGAGAUAUAAAGGAAUCUCUCCUUCUCUCUUAUAUAUUAUCUCUCUUCCUUCAUCUUACUCUCAUUUCUCUCUGCUUAUUUUCUUUCUUAAAUUUCAAUUCUACACCCAAAUCACAUCUCUCGUCUCCUCUUAGGUCAAAAGCAACUAGAACGCUCUAAGCGUGCCAAGAAAACAAUAAAAAAGUAUAGUAUUUCUUUUCUUUGCCUUGGGCCUUUGAGUUGUUCAAGCACUUAAUUUUGUGGUUUCUCUCUUUCUUGGGUGGGGUUGCUGCCAUUAUUUUUCUGUUCUGAGUGUGUGGGGUUUAAGGAUUUUUGUGGCUUGACGCUUUAAAAGCUGGUUCUUGGGUUGGCAGUUGAGAUCUUAAGGUUCUAUCGCUAUUAUUUUUAGUGGGCGGAAGAGUUCCUUUUAAUCAUUUGAGGAUGCUGGUUUUCAACUUCUUAAGUGCUGGUUAAAGAACUCUUGACAAAAGUGAGUUUUUCCUGUGUUCUUGCUUCUUUCUGGUGUUUAAAGUCAAAGAAGUGAUAUUUAUCUGCUGAAAUGGAGAGUUGUUUAAAGAAUGGUGAGGCAUGUCCUCAGUUGCUGGAUUUGAUUCCAAGAGAAAGAGAAUGGCUAGUUAAAAGAGCUGAUGAAAGAUCCUCAGAGGAGAAGAAGCUUGAGUUAAGGCUUGGCCCACCUGGUGAAGAAUGGUGUCUUGGAGAAACCGCUAAAACUGCAGAUAAUAGAGAAAGAGAUGAGUCUCUUCUCUCUGUUGGGUACUCCUCAAAUGGAAACCAACAAAACCAUAAGUUUUCUUCACCUGAGAACUUGCAGUCCGGUUCUGUAUGGUUCAAUCAACAAGUCUCACAACAAGCGAAGGCUACUCCAUUUCUCCAGUUUGCAUCAAAAACAGUACCACCACCACCACCACCACCACCACCACAGAGCUUGCCUGUAAUGGCAAAGGAAUCCUCACAGCCCUGUUGCAUUAAAGUGGCUGUAGACUUGCAGCAGAGUGCAGAAAAGAAGGCGUUUUCACCGCCAGCUCCUGCAAAUACAGCUGUGCCCAACAGCUCUCAGAAAAGAACUGCUCCUGGUCCAGUUGUGGGUUGGCCUCCAAUUCGUUCAUUCAGAAAGAAUCUUGGAAGCAGCAGCUCUUCAAAACCUGCUUCUGAUUCACAAAAUGAAGGCCCAAGCGAGAAGGUUGUUGGUGAAAAACCAGUUGAAACUUGCAAAAAAGGGAUGUUUGUUAAGAUCAAUAUGGAUGGUGUUCCCAUUGGAAGAAAAGUAGAUCUCCAAGCCUAUGACAGCUAUGAAAAGCUCUCCACUGCUGUUGAUGAACUCUUCAGAGGCCUCCUAACAGCUCAAAGAGAUUCCUCUGCUGGUGGAAUCAUGAGCGAGCAGAAGGAAGAGAAAGCGAAUAUUGGUAUAUUGAAUAGAAGUGGGGAAUAUACGCUUGUUUAUGAAGAUAAUGAAGGAGACAGGAUGCUUGUUGGUGAUGUCCCAUGGCAAAUGUUCGUGUCAACGGUGAAGAGGCUUCGUGUAUUGAAAAGCUCUGAAGUUUCUGCGCUGAGCCUUGGAAGCAAUAAGCAAGGCAAGGAAUCCAUGAAAUGAAAAUGGAGUUUUUGCUGUGAUGAUUCUCUUUUGAAGCUAGAAGAAGAGAAGACUUCAAAUUUUAUGUUCUUAGUUGACAUUUUGUCUCUUGUAAUAUUAUUGUAUGCAACUCUUCAAUUCGCAAUCUGUCUUAUUAUCUGUAAUUUUCCCCUUAACCCAACUAGCUCAUUUUGCCUUAAUGCAACAUUCAGCAAUGCAUAAUAGCUGUUAGCUUAA